AUGAGUGCAUUUAAGAGAGCUGCUAUCUGUCUUUUCCUACUGCUCAAUCUGAGCCAGAUGCCACUAUGCUUGAAAGCAGGGAAGAUCCUCGUUUGGCCAACUGAUUUUAGUCACUGGAUCAACGUUAAGGUCAUCGUAGAUGAACUGACAGCAAGAGGACAUAAUGUAACAGUCAUUACUCACAGUGCUACACCAUCUGUAAAGACCGAUCGGUCUUCAGGCUACAAUAUAGAGAUCAUAGAGGUGCCCUAUACCAAACAGGAUGUUUUCGAUUUUGUGAAUAAAAUGUUUGAGUACAGGAUAAAUGAAGUGCCAUAUGACAACACGUAUCAGGCCUUUCUGAAGAUAAAGGAGGUUGUUGACAAAGUUACAGAGCUGAAUCUGAUUAUGUGCAAGGAGCUAUUUGCACGUGAAGAUCUGCUAGAGAAGUGGAGAAAAGAACAGUUUGAUGUUUUUCUGACAGACACCAUGUAUACAUGCAGGACACUUCCAGCUCUCAAACUGAACCUGCCACUUAUCAUCAGUAUGAGGUAUAGUUUUGGGUAUUCUGUGGAGCGUCUUUGUGGGAAGUUGCCAGCCCCUGCCUCUUAUGUUCCAUCAGUCACCCUGGGCUUUACAAGUCAGAUGGAUUUCACACAGAGGAUGAAAAACAUACUGUAUAAUCUCUUUCAGGAUUUUAUUUUCACAUUUUACACAGCACCAAAGUGGGAUCAUUUGUAUAAGGAUAUUAUCGGUAGGUGA